UGCAGGUGAGGCGGACCCUAGCUGUGCAGAACUGAAAGAGAAACACAGGAACCAUCUGCACAACUUAAAACAAACUUCCCUCCUGCUGGCUCACAAACUGAAGGCGUAUCAGCUCCAGCAGAAGCAGUGGCUGGCAGUGCUGAGUGAGAAAGCCAAGCUAGAGCUUCAGGAAAGCCAGAGGUCUUUGAAUGACCUGCUUCAGGGCGAUUUAAAGCUGUGCAGUAGUUCUAAGGGCAGUGAUUCCUCUGUGCUGAAUCUGGACCAUGCAGAGCAAACAUGGGCAGGACACCAGUCUGCAGGUGACAGCACAGCUGGCAGCAAGGAAAAAUAUCCUUCCUCUCCUACCAUCAGUAAUGAAGAGAUGCAUUCGUUGAAACAAUUUCCAUUGAAUAUGGAGAGAGAUCGGAGCCCGGUGGACUCCAGAACUGUGGGACAAAGGAAAUCUCUGGGAGGAAGGAGUUCAUUUGGCUCAGCUCUUCAUGAAGGAUCUCUGCCAGCAGAGGACAGGGAGCCGUUGCACGGCCACCAAGGUCUGAACCUGCUGUCAGCUCCAAUAGAGCUGCCCCCCGGGGAUCCCUGCCCAGCAGAUGGCUCCAGGGACAGCAGUGACCAGGACAGCCAGUGGAGUGAUGUUGGCCGGCACUACGGACGCUCCAGCUCCUUCUGCUGCUUCAGCCUGGCCAUGGCAGAGCAGUGCCUGAGGGGAGAGGAGCUGCGCGCCCGCCACCAGGCCGCCCUCCUGGAGCUGCGCAGGGGAGCUGUGCGGGAUAAAGCCAGAGCUGAGCUGGCCUGGCUGGGCCACCAGAGGCGCUGUCUGGAACUCCUGCAAGAUACUGAAGGAGCCUCUGCCAUGGCUGAGAAGCAGCGCAAAGUCCUAACGGAGCUGAAACGGGAGCAGGUAGAAAUACAGCACCUGCAAAAUAUCUACAGGGCAGCCCAUCAAGAGAGGAAACUCUUAUUGAAGCAACAAAGAGAAAUCUUAAUGAUACAGCAGUCGACAGCAAAACUCCAGGAAGAACUGCAUCAUCUAACUGGGAAGAAAAAGCUUACCAGGAGCCCAGCAACUGAAGAAGUAAUUAAGCCAAAGAUGAGACAGAUUUCUAAUGCUAUGUUAGGUUCCCCAUUGGCAGAAUCUACAAGGCCUGAUGUGUGUGGGGAUAAACAGAAUUGUGUCCAGCUAAAGAACAAACAAAACAAAAAAUAUGAUGGCUUUUCUACCAAGAAUAAGAAAACACUGCUACAAUAUCAGGAACAGACAGAGGAGCCAUUGAGUUUGCAGCAGUCCCUGGGUGCACGAGGUCCUGAUGCGUCUGGAACAGUGGCCAAGAAAGUGUGUGAUGCUACUAGUCAAACCACAGGCAUGGUCUUUAUGAUCAAACAUUCCACAAAUGCAGGUGAUGAUACCUCAUUCUUAGAAGAUCAAGAGAAUGAUCCUGUGACAGUGGAGAAAGCACCCAGGGAGCAGAGAAACGGCAGGACUUCUAGAGAAGAACAAGACCCGUGUAGUCCAUUUCAGGCUGGGACAAGUAAGAAAGAUCUUUCUUUUGAUGACCAAGGCAGUGAAAAAAGAUCAGCACCAAUGUCAAGUGAAUCUACAGUAAUGGAAACUCAGUUAAGGAAAGAAAGUUCAUUAGCUGAGCGAAGGGUUAGCCCAGAUUCUGAAAGAGAAUCACAGAUCAUGCGUGGAGCUGAAAAAGCACCUCCUGUAAUCCUUUUUUCAGAAGAUGUUCCACAUGAAGUGGAAAUGUCUGCCCCUUGUGAGAUCCAUCAGGUGGAUGGCAGUCAGUGUCUGAAGCCUUUGGGCCAUAAUUCUCGAGAAACUUCUGAUGAAGAACUACGGUGGAAAGCAUUUUCCAAAGCAUUAGGUUCUACUGAAUCAUUGUGCAAGUCAAACAGCUUCUCUCCAAGCUCUGAAAUUGCCAGAUCUGACUGUUCUCUCCUGGAUUUUCAGAAAGUGUCUGCAGUUUGGAUUGAUGUUUCAGAAUGCUCUAUUUCAGAUGUUGAAUUAGAGGUGCAAGAUGGAGAGGACACUGAUGUCAGUAUUCCAGAAGAAUUAGUCUAUGAUGCUUCUCCUAAUGUUCCAAAAGAGGCACCGAUAGCAAUAAAUUCUGGGAGGAAAACAUUACAUAGUGACAAACAUGAUGAACUUGAAGUGUCCAAGAAUGAUAGUAGCACAGAGAUUUCAUCAUGCUCUCAGAACUUCCAGAAAUGCUCUGGAGAGGCUUCGGUUCAUGGGUGCACUGGUCAUUUGCUUUCUUUCCUUUCAGUAGACAAAGCAAAUACCUCCAAAACAACACCACUGAAUUCCUCUCAGUUUGGUAAACCCACCAAGAGAAUGGAUGGGCCACACUUGAAAGCCUCAGAAAACUCAAAAAAUGCUGCUGCCAGCUCUUCGUGCAAUGAUGAUAUUUACCUACUUCAGAUUUGCAAACAGCACGAUCCUGCUUCUAUAACUAACAAAUCAGAAAGGAAUGAUAGAAUUAACAGUUUAUUAGGGGACCAAAGUCUUCCGCUGAUGGAUUCUUUGAAACCUUUAGAUGUGGCUGCUAACCAAUUAAGUAGCACUGUCUCUUUUCCACCUCACAAAGAUAUUGCAAAUGAUAAAUUAGUAGCAUGUUCACUGUCCAGAAAUGCAACAGUGCAAAAUGAUCAUGCACAGCUUUUGAAUGAGAAAAGCAUAGCUGGAGAACUCGAUGAGAUUGUAUCUCUGCCCUUGUCCACACAAGGAAUUUCUGAGGAAGUCCAUACAGAAACCACUUCCUUUGGGUCUUUGCAGAGGUUGGCCCCAGGAACUCAUAAGAACUCAAAAACUGACAGGCACACCACAAAGGAAUUGGGGAAUGGACAGUUUUCUUCCUCAAAAAAGCAACUGUUUCAAUCUGCGAACUCUUCCAGAAGUGAAGAUUAUGCAAUUUUUAUUAGUGAUGAGGGCCUUCCUCUGGCUGACGAGGCUACCUUGUCAGAAAUACUGUCUCCUGUUGAUGAAGUGUUGUCCUAUGCAAGUGCUGACUUGCCAUCCUCUAAUAAAAAGGAUUUGUCAUUUCCAAGUGAAGAUCUCCCUCCUCCCCCUUUGGGUGUAGAUACAAUAAAAAUGAUGAUUCUAGCUUCAGUAUAGAUGACUUCCCAUCUCCACCAGAACAAAUGACAGUCCCAGAGACUGGACAGUGUAUGAAUGAAGAUAUAUCACUGAAAAUGGAUGCAUUCCCCCCAUUACCUGAUGACACUGAGUCUGAAGAAUAUCCCUUGUUCAAUCGAGAGCCAGUUGAUAUCUUUUCAAGUCAGGAAGGUAAGCUCUCAGAACAAUAUUUACUUGAAGAUGUUUCCUGUGCAAAGGAGCACUCGUCAGAAUACCAGGAAGGAAAGCAGGAGAUGCUUUCACAGUCUUUGGAGCUUCUGCCUGUGUCAGAUCCUAUUUCUUCUAGUCAGGCCAGUAAAAAUCCUGCUUCCACGAUGAAACAGUGCAAAACAUACGUAAGGCUGCACUUAGCUGAGGAGGAGAGCAAUGAUCCAUUAUCAGCAUUUGAAAUUGGAGACAGAGUAUUAGUAAAGCAGACCCAACCUGGAACCCUGAUGUUCAAAGGACAGACUUGUUUUGAUAGUGGCCAUUGGGCUGGUGUUGCACUGGACAAAGCUGAAGGUGAUCAUGCUGGAACUUACAAAGGGGUGAAGUAUUUUGAAUGUGCACAGCACUGUGGUAUCUUUGUCAGACCUGGUGAGAUUUCGCACCUCUUGGAGGACAACAAAAAUGGUUCCAGUUCUACUGGGGACGAAGACUCAGAUUCCUUCUAUGAUGACGAAUCCUCCAAAAGAGACUGCAAAUACCCUGAAGCCGGUGAGCAGGGUGCAGGGGUAACAGAGCAGAAAGCUGAAGAUACAAAAAGUGGAGGAGGAUCAGAAGUGUCAGAAAAGCAGUCUAGGCUUUAUGCUGCCUUCCAGUCUGGAAGAAGUCAAGCACUUCCGCAUUCUGACCACUGUAAAUGUGAUGAAUAUUAUCAUCAAAGCAAUUUAAUGUGCUGGGGAUCAAAUAAAGAAAAACAGAUAUGAUACAAAAAAUACAAGGGAUGCUUGCAGAUGUGUCUCCAAAGGAAAAUAAGGCCAGUCAUGCAGAUGGGAUAAACACAAGCAAAAAUGUUUGUUGCUUAGUAGAGGAUCAGAAAAGAAAUAAACUCACUGAUGAUAUCGCAGCUGAACUCAGUAAGAAACUUCUAUUUGAUGCAUUAAUUGCAUUCUCUGAAACAGCUCAACACAAAUACAAAGGUGCCUUUGAAGAAAAUGUGAUGAAUUAUAUCAAAGGCCUCAAACAAGAAGACAGUCAGAAACAAUUUCUUAUCAAAGAAAAUCCACUUGCUAGCUUAACUGAGCAAUCAGCAAAGGUUGCUGAUCUUUUACUGCACGAUUUCAAUAUGUUUAGCAUUCAUGGUUGUCACACUAUAGCAGAAGGAAUUGUGACUAAAUUUGUAGAUGAUGCAGUUAAGGAAUAUAAGAAGAUUAAAAGAAAACAAGGAGUAAAAACAGACAAGAGAUUUCCUUCAUCUUCAGAGA